UGCUGGCCUGCCUGCCAGAGAGGGGAGUCGAGAGCUCUGCUGGGAACUACAUGGUGCUCAAUUUUUCAAGAUGUCGUCGCUGGAACAGAGGCUGUCGCGAAUCGAGGAGAAAUUAAAGCAGGAAAAUGAAGAAGCUCGCCGGAGAAUCGACCUGAACAUCGACAUGAGUCCGCAGCGAUCACGUCCGAGGCCGAUCAUCGUGAUCCAGCUCAGUCCUGCUCCAGCCCCUUCCCAGCGUGCAGCGCUCCAGCUGCCCCUGGCCAACGAUGGAGGCAGCCGCUCAUCAUCUUCAGAGAGCUCGCCUCAGCACCACCCCUACCCCAGCCGCCCACGACACAUGCUCACCCUGCCCACGCCUCCGUACGGCCUACAGAAGAGCCUAGAGAAUGCAGAGAUCGACCAGAAAUUGCAGGAGAUCAUGAAACAGACGGGUUAUCUAAAGAUCGACGGUCAGCGGUAUCCAGCCGAGGUAACAGACCUGAUCAGUGAGGGCGAGAUCGGCAGCGGGACUUGUGGACAGGUCUUCAAAGUGCGAUUCAAGAAGACAGGCCAUGUCAUUGCUGUGAAACAAAUGCGUCGUACAGGAAACAAGGACGAGAACAAGAGGAUCCUGAUGGACCUGGAUGUGGUCCUGAAGAGUCAUGACUGUCCUUACAUCAUCCAAUGCUACGGCGCCAUAGUGACCAACACGGAUGUAUUCAUUGCCAUGGAGCUGAUGGGAACGUGUGCUGAGAAGCUGAAGAAGAGAAUUCAGGGCCCCAUCCCAGAGCGAAUCCUUGGAAAGAUGACCGUGGCAAUUGUGAAAGCUUUGUUGUACCUGAAAGAGAAACACGGUGUCAUCCACCGGGACGUCAAACCCUCCAACAUCCUCUUGGACGCUAAAGGUCAGAUCAAACUGUGCGACUUCGGCAUCAGCGGACGCCUCGUCGACUCCAAGGCUAAGACUCGCAGUGCUGGCUGUGCUGCCUACAUGGCGCCUGAAAGGAUAGACCCUCCAGAUCCCACCAAACCUGACUAUGAUAUCCGAGCAGACGUGUGGAGCCUCGGCAUCUCUCUGGUGGAGCUGGCUACAGGACAGUUUCCCUACAAAAACUGCAAGACAGACUUUGAGGUUCUGACCAAAGUGCUGCAGGAAGAUCCUCCUCUCCUGCCUCUCAGCAUGGGUUUCUCCCUCGACUUCCAGUCCUUUGUCAAAGAUUGCCUCACAAAGGAUCACAGAAAAAGGCCAAAAUACCAUCAACUGCUGGAGCAUAGUUUCAUCCGGCGUUACGAGGUGCUGGAGGUGGAUGUGGCUGGUUGGUUUCAGACGGUGAUGGAUCGCACCGAGUCGCCUCGCAGCAGCCAGUGUUACAGCCAUCAGCACCAACUCCACUCACUCUUCAGCAGGUAGCCUAGCCUUUUCCAACCCGGCGUUAGCUUAGCCGUACGCUAGACUAGCCUAGCUUUAGCUUUGCCAAGCCCAGACUCAGUCUAUUCUAGUCUAGCUGUUAGCUGCUAUGUCUAGCGCUACACCCAUCCUGCCUGUCCAUCUGUCCACCGGAGAACCUGAAGAGCCCAACAGAGGAGGGAGAGACGGACAUUUAACGGAGGACUCUGCAUGGACAGAUGGAGCGAUGGACAGAGGUGGACCGGUAGAUGGAGGACAGGUAGUUCUGUUUAUUAGCGUAUUGAAUUUGGACAGACAGACAUGGGGAGGAGGGAACAGGAAAAGGUGCCCACUGUAGUUGGCGUCAUUUGUUAUGUUUUGUCACACUAUCAUCACAUCACAGUGUGUGUAACAGCCACACACUUGCAUACAAAAUGUGUGUCUUGUAUGCGCAUCUACAUUUCCUCCGCUUUUCAGUAGUUUUUCACCUAUAUGUCUGUUUCCAGCAUCGAUCCAAGCCAUUGGAUUAGACAACAGAGUAGUCACUACACACUGGAACAAAGCAUCUGCUACUUUAGCAAACACAAAUUGUUCUUGUACUUAAAAGUUAUGGAGGACAAAACGAUGUUUGGUGCAAUUAUGAUUCUUCAGGUGUUUCUACUAUCACACAUUCUCAGGCUGUAUCUAUAUGUAGUUGUGUGUGUGCGCAUAUGAGUGAGCGUUUCGAUGUGUGUACGUAUGGAUAAAUAUCAAGACACACUCACUGGCUGUUUUUAAUAAGUGAGAUUAUAUUUGCUAGUCAUUUAUUCACAUUCACACUACAGCUCUAACACACAAACAAGAACAAAUUAAUCUUGUCGGCUGUGUUUUUAAUAUGUAAGGAUAGUAAUUCUCAUUAAUUUUGGUAUGAAAUGUGUUAAAAUGCCCAACAUUUUAUUUAGCAGCUGCAUAAUUGGAAAAAAUAUUGAAAAAUAAUCACAAAAAAAUUAGUGUUGCAUUGUAGCUUUGUAGAAAAGAAAUUCUGUAUGGGUUUUUAAAAAUGCGUAUUAAGAAUGAGUUGAACUAAAAGAACGUUUUAAGAGAUGGAGGGAGAAAAAGCAUGAGUUAGAAAGCAGGUCAUGAUGGGCUUCAUGACACGAAAAGCAGAAGAGGGGAGUUGUACUCUCACUGAUAACCUUUUGGAAGACUGAAUAACUGUUACAAGUGUGAGAACUGAGAGAAAGGUUGGAGGUAAAAAUGGGAGCAGAGUGCUUUUUCAUUGAGACAGCAAAGAACAGGAGCUUAUCUUGUACAAAGACUAUAAAUGGGGUAGAUCUUACUACCUGUGGAGCAUUUCUUUACUUCACUCUCUGUUCGUCUACCUCUUCCUCUUCGUCCACCUCUCUGUCUGCCUCAGCUGUUUCAUGCGAUGUAGUGCUCCACAGUGUUUCCAGACCAAAGGCUGCGUGUAGGUUGUUGGUGGAGCCCAAGAGAUUUCUGCAAACGUUCAGAAAUUGAAAAUCGACACAGACAAGCAGUUUCUGUGUUUUCAGAGGCUCAAAGAGGGGUGUUAAACUAUUGGCCUGGGGCCUUACAAGAUCCAGCCACUGCCAACAUUUUUAGCAUUGAUUCAAUUAGGCCCAUAAAUCAGUAUGUUUUUUUUCAGUGUAUUUUUAACCAUAUAAAUGUUUCUUACCCUCAGCUUUUAAACAGAAAAGUAAUUACCUGUACACCUAUUUCCUCAUUUAUUUGGUCAGUUUUUAAAUGGUCAGAAAAUUGUAAAAGGAGUCCAGUUUUCAAAGCAAAAUCUACCUGCAAUUCAUUUUAAUAUUAUUUGAGACAAAAAAAGGCAUAUCUUCACUUGACACCUAAUUUUUUGCUUGACAGAUGAAACAAAUAUAUCAAUCUUCUGUACAUUUUGCAGAAUACCUACCUGCAAAUCAAUUCAUCCAGCAAAAGAAUAGUUGAAAUGUUGCUGCAGAUGUUGCUUUUUUCCCACCAUUGUUUAUAACAAGAAAACACUCUUCCCAGUGGCCCCCCGGCAAUUAAAUUUACAGACCCCCAGUUUAGAGGAUUGUUCAGAUUAAACUUGAGUUUGUCAGACUUGAAGAAUCAGACUCACCUGAACCGAUUAGCGUGUGCGAAGCUGCGAUGUAUAGAUGUGUAGAUUGGGACAGACUGUCUAGAGUCCUACUGCCUCCCCUCUUGGAGGGCCACAGCCAAAGCAUGCUAGAUGUGCAGACUCUAACCUGCCACGCUCCGUCACACACCAAACCAAAUCACCGCUAGACACAGAGAACUGAGGAGUGACAACGAUGUAGAGAGGAAACUGUAAAGUAUCAGAGAAAGAGAGAGAGAUCUGGGAAUGUUGUCAAGAUGGCAGAAAAGAUGAGUGGAAAUGAGAUGACAGGAAAAAAGAGAGGAGAGCAUGGAGUGAGGUGUGAAGGAAGAUGGCAAGUAUAAUGAAAGUGGGAUGGCAAGUUAAAGAAAAGUCAAACUGGUUGACAGGAAGUACAUGUGUGAACAAGGAGAGGAAACGGGGAAGGAAAACAUCAGGCCAAGUUUCACAGCACUGCCAAGCUCUGAGACUAGCUGGAUAUUGUAAAAAGCUUUCAUGGUGUUACACCAACGUACCAAUUAUGAUUUUAGCUUGUGAGUUAGUGUGUUGUGUUGAUGAUGUUUACUGUUCUGUUCAAACAAUGUUAUUUAUUUACAUUGCUACUGCUGCUACUUUUUUUUUAUUGCUUUAGACGCUGCUGUCACUUCUUUUCCCCAAAGGACAAAUACUUUAUUCUUGUUCUUUUAAGCCAAAUAAGUGAAAUAAUGCAAUGUCUACACGUGUUACCAAAUACAGGAGAGCAAGUCUGAAGAGAGCAAAAGCAAGUGAGAGCCAGUGAGAUGGAUUAGUAAGGAAGUGCAGGGAGGUCGGCUUCACAAAAGUACUAACUCACGCAAAAUGUAAACACACACCUCACCUCAAGAGAAGCUCUAUGUGUAAUGGAUGUAGGUAAUCAUUUGUAUCCCGACACCGCACUACAACUCUGUACAGUGUAGAUACCAUUAGAGGGGAGAUGUCUGUCUGUCCAGAUGCUCUUCGUCCAUCCAAUGCUCUGUCCGUCCAUCGCUCCGUCUGUCCACAGGUCGCCUGCAAGCUUGACAACCUUGACAGUUCACACCAAAGGUGACCACAACUCAACGAAAAUAGGAAUUGUUAUUGUUCUAUUGUUAUGGAAAUAAUAAUUGAUUACUCUCAGCUAUGAUAUAUAUGAAAUCUCUCUAGUUAGUGGGAGAGGACGUGAGGGCGGGUGCUGUAUUAUAGCAGUACCGUGUAUGUGUCAUAUAGUGUACAGGGGGAGACUGGUGCACUAACACACAACAGGGGCAAUAAAAGCUGCUGGCUUAUCCCUCUGCUCAGACACAUUGUGGGCCUGUGUUCAGCUUUGAGUGGCUUUCUUUGGGUUACCUGGUUUCACUGAGUCACAACACAUUAGCUGCCCCGGAUAAACCGUAUCGCACAGUUGGGUGUCGGCUGACUCUUGGUUUACUGAUCCAACUGAGAGUGUGAGAGGACAAACUCAAUAGAAUAAGUAAGCAUAGGGCUAGAAAUUAAUGUUUGUAGCAGCUUAGACUUGCAUAUUCAUUAGAGCAGUACUAGAAGCAGAGAGAUCCUACUCCGUAUUUGGGAUCAAGUUAUUCUGGGCUGUUUUUCAAGCCAUAGAAAGCUUCCUCCAGUACCAUCAAAAUAAUAAUUCUCAUGAAACUGAACUUCAUCUGCAAAAUCUUAGUUUUCCACUUUAUUUCAGAUUACAUUCGAUAUUCUCACAUGUUCAUUUCCUACUAAAAAACUGUGAAAAUGAUGACAUACCCUUCAAAUUGAGGUGACAGUGUGGAUUUAGACUGUAGAAGCCAUCUGUACAGUUAUUUUUAUUGUAAAUUCUGCUUUAUUGCCAUGUUGGUACACCACGUUAGCCAUGCUGCGUAGGUUCCCAUCAGCCCCAGUUGAUAGUAGACCAACUUUGUGAUCAAGAAUAACCUGAGUUAUUCCCAAAGACAGCUCACGUCUCUUCAUAAUGCAGGCCCCUGAGCAGAUGAGACGUCGAGUUGGCAGACCUCCGUUAGCUCAGCCUUUGUCUGGUUCUAAUCUUGAGACCAGAUGUGACCUGGAACUGAUUUAAAAGCCACGGUUAACCUUCACCACUGAACAGGCUUUUCCUGUUCGUGUAAACUGUCCAGAUGACAGGGUUCAGGGCUUCUCGUGACAGAUCUGCUCUGCCUCCCUGAUAAAACUCUUGUAAAUAGACCUGAAUCUGGUGCUCGGCAUCCGUCAGCUGCUCUGCUCCACCAGCGCAGCCUCAGAUGUCCUCAUUGGUGCAGUUUCAAAUAAACUCGCUGUAGGAGACGGUGCACUCUCACUACGACAUUCGCCGUUCAAACUCUUGUGUGUGUGUCUCGGCUAACUCGUGUCCACAGCUGGACCCAGUCUCCCACUGUUGAGGUUCUCUGUUAUUAAGCUGAUGUGUAUUUUCUGAACACACGCACACACUCGCUCGACCGUGCUGUUAGUGUGCAUUUCCUUUCUAACGCCUGACUGGGUGACGGCACCACGCUACACCUCGGCCAGACCAAUCAGUCAGGUGUACGUCUGAUGGUGUUUGUGUGUGUGACGGACAAAAUGUCUGAGUGCUAGUCCACACACACCCCAAAUGUACAAAGUUAUCAUUCUACACAGCAAUGCUGGCUACUGCCGACAGCGGCUCUAUGUGUAUAUUAGCUAUUCAGGUGCGAGGCCAGCGGUGUGUAGAGACAGCUAGUCCAUAGCUCGCACCUGCGCUGCACCUGGGCACCGAGCGAGAGUGCGUGUGUGUGUGUGUCAUAACCCCAUCUGUAAGUAAACCAAAUAUCAUUUUCACUAUGCAGUCAUUCAAACCAUGUCAGCUUGCUUCAGCAGAGGAAAAAAUAGAAGCCUCCUGUACAUACACAGAUUUAAAGUGGAGCGAGCGACGGUGCGUUUUCCUUUCGGAGCCCCUCCCAGUGUGAUUUUAACAUCGCCGCCUUCAGCUAGUUCACAGAGGAACAGACAGAGCAAGAGAUAUGUUUUGAAUGAGCUGACAAAUAUUUAAGGAUUGUAUUGGGGUCGGGGAGGGACGGGGGUUAGACCUGGGGUUUGUAGUUUUGGGGGAGAUACAGAUCAAUGCUGUAAAGUAUAUCAAUUGCAUGUUAUUGUCACCGCUGUAACUGCCAUUGUUUUGUUUUCUGUUUGUUUUGUUUUCUUCCAAGACAAUGGUUGGUUGGGACGGGGAUGCACAGAACUUUAUCCUUAUUUAUGAUUUUUACACAUAUAGUCUGUAUUUUUGUUUUGGUUUUUUUUUUGCAAAAAAAAAUGUUGAAUUAUUGUGUACUUAGGAAAAGACACACUUCUUUGCCUUUUUUUAAAUGUUCUCUGUCAACUUUGCAAUAUACUUUUUUCACUUUGGACCCAUCACUAGUUGUUGAGGAGGAAGAGGAGGAGCUGUAUCUUUAUUAGCAGACAGUGUUUGUUAGAAAAUAAUGUCUCGACGUCCUGUUUUCCCCCUUUUUGUUCAUGUGCCGUGUGUCGUUCUUUUCAGUUAGCUGUGUGAGCGUGCAGAGAGUGUGUGUGAUGUUUAUUCGUCUACCAAAAGUCUUUAUUGAUGGUGAUUAUUAUUAGCUUUUAUUUUUGUCCAUUUGUUUUUAUUAUUAUGAUUACUAUGAUUACUGUUUUUAUUAUUACUGUUGCUAUUAUUAUUAUUAUUAUUAUUAUUCAGGGCAAAGAUGACACCAAAUUGAACAAAGAAAUAAGAGGGUGAUCCCAGACAGACGGAGCUAAAGGUUUAUUUUCCUGGCGAGGUGGUUUUUCUCACCGUUACGCUGUAGUGUCUGUCCACCUUUUAUUCAAACCGCCACAUAAAGAUAACCUCUGAGCUGAAAGUCUAAUAGUAUUUUUUUUUUUAUUAUUGUUAUUGUAUGUUGUUUUCCUUUGAUCAGAUAUCAUGAUCAAUUUAUUUCUUGUUACCCCAGUUUGGGUCAUAAAUUGUGUGCUGUUAUUUUUUCCCCCACCUUCAUCCCUGCCCUCUGCUUUUGGAGUUUAUUUUUUAUUCUGUUUUAUUUUCUGAUUCUUAUUUUUUAUUCUUUCUGGUUUGAUUGAUGCUGUAGUAGUGAGCUGAUGGUCAAAUACCAGAGCUUUUUGUUUUGUUUUCUAAUGCUGAGACUGUUGUGACUGAUGUUGCACUUGUGAUGGGUUUUAUUUUUGUUUUGUUUUGUGUUGCAGAUUGUUGUGCAGAGAGGAGAAUAUUGGGUGUUUUCCUUAUUUUCUUAAAGUCACAGCAGUUAUUUUGUCAAUCAUAUAAAUCUGUGACACAGAGCAAGAAAAUGAUUCAACAGUGUAUUUUUCUCACUGGUAUUUAUUUAUUGGUCAUUUGUAUGUUUUUUUUGUUUGUUUUUUAUUAUUUGUUUUUAUGUGUAUUGCUUUUUUGUUGAGGGCAAACAGGACUCAAGGUAGAGGAGUAGUCUCUCAUUGGCAUUUUACCAUUUUACCAUCGUGUACAGAAAGCAAAAUAUUGUAUCCAGUCAUCACACUAACAUGAAACAGUCUAUUUAGUAGAUUAACAGGUAAAAAUAGCAACCAGCAGCGCAGUAAAGUGCACUGUUUCUGACUUUGCUGCGACUUCCUGACGUCGUCCGUUAUUUUGUUUACUGUUUACCCUCUCAGAAGGCCCCGACAAACACAUCGUGGUGUAUUUGACUCUUGUGCUCGGCUAAUAACUCACAGUUAAAGCUUGUAUUGUUUGGAUGGUUUUUAAUCAGUAAGUACUGAAUGCCACCCACGACAGACUUUUUUUUUUCUUUUCUUUUUUUUUUUUUUAAGUUUUCGGUGUUUCAGCUGAUGAUAACUACUAUGAUAGUGGACUGAUUGGCUUGUUAUUAACCUGCACUUCCUGACAGCGAGGUGGGACACGCCUGCUUUGGAUUAUCAUUGAGGUUUGUUUGCUUGGUCUUUCUAAAAGCCGUUGUCAGUCUAGAUUGCAUGACUUUGUUGGUUUGCAGGGUGGGAGCGGGGGGAGGACUGACUUCAGUCACCGCUGUCGCAGUUCAAAAGCUUCUUGUAUGUACGACACACCCUUGGUUUAUAUUGUCCUGACGGUUGUAUCAGUUGACACAGCUUUACUGCCCGUUCCUUUUUAAUUGUUUUGUUUGGGGUUUUUUGGCUGUAUUUUAUCCCUCCCCCCUCCCCAGUCUCAUUUCAAACAGAAUAAAUGCCAUUAUAUUGUGAAUACCUCAGGAUUUUUUUGGAGAAAAAAAUAAUAAAACACUUAAAAAUCAAAUAAAUAAAUAAACAAAAAACUCAUAAAACAA